GAUGGUAGGGGGACAACCGAAGGUAGCUUGGCGAAGAACAGCGCGGCCACGAUUCAGUUGCUCACGAGCAUUCGCCAGCAUACGAUCGAACCAUGGCUGCCCGUUACGAGAAUACCGCGAGUGUUGUGCUCGCGUCGUGCCGUAUGGUGCUACUCGUGUUCACCACCGGUCUUGUUCUCGCGAACGCUAAUCAGAAUCAACUGAAAGUCGAGAAACUGUACGUACCAGAGGUUUGUGACGUAAAGUCGAAGAUCGGUGACCAGCUCACGAUGCACUACACCGGCACGCUGCAGGACGGCACCAAGUUUGACUCAAGUUUGGACAGAGAUCAACCGUUCACAUUCCAGCUGGGAACCGGCCAAGUUAUUAAGGGUUGGGACCAAGGAUUGGUUGAUAUGUGCGUGGGCGAAAAGAGGAAGUUGACCAUACCGCCGGAACUCGGAUACGGAGAGAAGGGAGCCGGAAACGUAAUUCCUGGAGGUGCUACCUUGUUGUUCGACGUUGAACUGAUCAACAUCAGCAACUCUCCCCCGACCGCCAAUGUAUUCAAAGAGAUCGACAGCGACCGCGACAACCAAUUGUCUCGCGAGGAGGUGAGAGCAAUGGUGAGCGAAUACCUGAGGAAACAGGUGUACGAGGCGGAACAGGGCGGCGCCGGCGAGAACGAGGAGGUGAAGAAAUUGCUCCAGGACCACGACAAGCUCGUCGAGGAGAUCUUCCAGCACGAGGACAAGGACAAGAACGGCUUCAUCUCCCACGACGAGUUCAGUGGGCCGAAGCACGACGAGCUCUGAAGUCACCGUGCCGCGUCGCCGCGUCUCCGAGCACCGCGUCGCCGUCGGCGUCGUGUCUCGCGCCACCACGUGUUCACCUCCCCGCGGGAUCGCCUCGUCGAGUCCCGUCCGGUCCCCGACUACCAUUGCACACGGUCGUCUGGUGUGCCCGAUCGAUCGUUUUGCCCGUGGACCCUAUCUCGAGCAUCAUCCCUGCCAUAGACCCAUGGCGCAUCCACACGUCGAACAUCUCGAGGAACUGGAAGUGGAGGAACACGGACAUGGGGCCACCUUUCAUCGGCGUGAAAUCUCUCUCGUCGCACAGGACACUCGGCCAAUAUACACCGAAUGAAAGAGAAAAGUGUCCGGUAGCAUCGACCCGACCAUCAUAGCUUCGAAGCAUCCCUUCAUCGGUAAAUCGCUACCGAAACGAUCCUAUUGACCAAUAGGAUCGUUUGAUUAAAGAUUCUUGCAAAACAGACCUUAUAAAUUGAAGAACCAAUGCUGAAGAAUUUCUCGCACGACAAGCGCGGUAAAUGAACAACAUUAAAAAUACUGGUGGCUAAAUACGAUCUCCUAUUUCGUGAUCUUCCGAUAUUAUUCGGAAUACUUCUUCUUACGGACUGCUAGAGCUUCCUGGAGAGGAUUCGACAAUCCUAGUCAGACGGAACAAUAGUUACAGAGAGAGGUAUGACACGUUGCUCUGGGAUCGACGGAUCGGGGGAAGUUCAGCGGGGUCUGCGGUUUCCGGUUCGAAGAGGCUGUUGUGGAUUUCCGACACUUUGGGAUUGGAUAUACAUAUAUAUGUUUCUUGGGACACACGCGUGCGACGGGUCGGGCGAUUUAUGUCCUGGCGCGAAGCGAGGCUGUUCUACGCUAAUAUAAUUCUACAAAUAUAGAUAGAAAGAGACAAAAAGAGAGAGAGACUUUUAUGAGAGGUGCAAAGAGAGAAAGGGUGUGAGAGAAAAAGAUCGAAUCCAAUAGAGAGAGAGAGAGAGAGUGAGAGAGUGUGGUUUUUCUACGCGACUAUAGAUGUUAGCAUUUAAUUAAGCGCAUCGGCGUAACGGUGCUAAAAAAAGAUACUUACACGCGAAACGUUCUGUCCCUCUCUCGAGAGUUGCUUCCUUUUUAACCGUAAGCCCCCCAU